AUGAAUGAAUCUCUACUGGCUCCAUUUUCAGCUGAUGAUGUAAAGAAGGCUGCGUUCAGCAUUGGGGACCUGAAAGCCCCGGGACCUGAUGGCCUUCAUGCGGUGUUCUACAAAAAAUUCUGGGAUAUAUGUGGGGCUGAAAUUACUCAAGAAGUCUUGCAAGCUUUGAAUACUGGUGUUAUUCCGGCGGGGUGGAACGACACUACUAUUGUUCUUAUUCCUAAAGUUGAUGAACCGGAGAAUAUCACCCAGUUCCGCCCUAUCAGUUUAUGCAAUGUUAUCUACAAAAUUAUUUCUAAGAUGUUGGCUCACAGGCUAAAGGGUAUUCUUCCGGAUGUUAUCUCUCCAAUGCAAAGUGCUUUUGUUCCCGGGAGGCUUAUAACAGAUAACGUUCUGGUGGCAUAUGAAUGUGUUCAUGCUAUUAAAAAUAAAAGAAGUGGGUUGACAGGGUCCUGUGCGGUCAAAUUGGACAUGCAUAAGGCGUACGACAGAGUUGAAUGGAUAUUUCUGGAGAGCAUGAUGAGGAGGUUGGGUUUUGCUGAAAGAUGGAUUGGACUAAUGAUGGCUUGUGUUACAUCUGUUAAAUAUCAAGUUAGAUUCAACUCUGAAGAAACUGAUACUUUUAUUCCUACUAGGGGCCUCAGACAAGGAGACCCCCUUUCACCAUAUUUGUUCCUGCUGUGUGCGGAGGGCUUAUCUAUCCUUUUGUUGUAUGAAGAAGAAGUUGGUGGCCUCGAUGGGCUAAGGGUGUGCAGAAAUGCACCGUCAGUCUCACAUCUCCUUUUUGCUGAUGAUUCCCUUAUUCUCAUGAAAGCUGACACGGAUAAUGCAACUUCCUUGCAACAAGUGCUGGAUACGUAUUGUGCAAACUCAGGACAAUUGGUGAGUUUAGCUAAGUCAAGCAUUUAUUUCUCGCCUAAUACUAAUGUCUUGAUGAGAGCGGAGAUUUGCCAGAUUUUACAUAUUGAUACUGAAGCUAUUUCUGAUAAGUACCUGGGCCUCCCAGCCUUGGUAGGGGCUGAUAAGAGUGACUGUUUUGAGCACUUCAUUGAGAGAAUUAUUCAGAGAAUUAAUGGCUGGAAAGAAAAGAUGCUCUCUAUAGGUGGGAAAGAAAUUUUACUGAAGGCAGUGGCUCAAGCAAUCUCAGUUUACGCCAUGUCUGUGUUCCUGUUGCCAAAAGGAAUUUGCAAGAGAAUGAUGGAUGCGAUUUCUCAGUUCUGGUGGGGGGACGAUGAAAAUACUAAACAUAUGCAUUGGCUAGCAUGGUGGAAACUAUGCUAUCCAAAGAAGGAAGGUGGUAUGGGGUUUCGAGAUUUUCAUUCUUUUAAUCUAGCUAUGCUAUCUAAGCAAGUUUGGAGGCUUAUUGUGAACCCGGAAUCUCUCUGUGCAAGGGUCCUCAGGGCGAAAUACUAUCCCAAUGGUGACAUCCUGAGUGCUGGGCCUAAGGCGGGUUCAUCGUAUACCUGGCAGAGUAUUGUUGCAAGCAUUGCGACGUUUAAAAGAGGUUAUCUUUGGCGUGUUGGUAAUGGAGAAAGCAUAAAAAUCUGGUCUGAUCCAUGGAUCCCUUCUAGCCCGGAUAGGAAGGUGAUAUCCCCUCGAAAUAAUGUGAUCUACACAAAAGUAAGUGAACUGAUUAGUCCGGUUACAGGGCAAUGGGAUGCACAGCUACUCCAUGAACUUUUUAAUCAGGUGGAUGUUGCAAGAAUUCUUCGAAUCCCUCUCAAUGAUCAAGGGUUCGAAGAUUUUAUUGCGUGGGGAAUGACUAGUCAUGGUCGAUAUACGGUGCGGUCUGGUUACUAUCUUCAGUGGAAACACCAAUUUGGCCAUAGGGCGGCUCAAUUGUCCUUGCCUGGAAGAUCUGCUAUGAACCCAGUUUGGAAAAAUCUUUGGCGGCUCAAAUUGCCAGGGAAAAUAAAAAUAUUCAUUUGGAGAUCGCUGCAUGGUAUUGUCCCUAUCAAGUGCAUCCUCGCUAACAGGCAUGUUGGAACCAGUGGUGAAUGUCCAGUGUGCAAUUUACACGCAGAAGAUUUGAGGCAUCUUCUUUUUACUUGUCCAGUUGCUAUUGAUAUGUGGCAGACAAUGGGAAUACAUGAAAUAAUAGAGGAUGCUUUGGAUGAAGACAGAGAGGGGUCGGCUCUGUUGGAAAAUAUUAUAAACCGUGCUGAUAAUUCCUUGCAAGGAUUUCAGUCCGUUAAUCGCAAAGAAGUUGUGUUGACAGCCUCCAAGGCAUACGGGAAGAAACAAAGUAAUAUAGGCGAUAGAUGGACUAGACCAGAGAAUAGACAAACUAAGCUGAAUGUGGAUGCUUCUUACCACAAUGACUCCAAGAUGGGAGCAGUUGGAGCGGUCCUUCGUGACUUUCAAGGCCAGUUCGUGGCGGCUUCGACUAAGGUUCUAGCAAAUGUUGAAUCAGUAACUAUGGCGGAGGCACAUGCAAUGAAGGAAGGAUUAUCACUUGCAGUCACCCUGGGGUGUAACAAUGUCAUUGCGGAGUCUGACUCGAUUGAUGUUAUUCAGGCCUGUACUGGUGCAGAUUCUUGGUGGAGUGAAUCAUCGGCGAUUUUUGCAGAUUGUGUUGACAUGGCUGUGUCCAUUGGGAGGGAAGAUUCUGGUCCUUAUGACCUAGAGAGCCUUGUUGCUCUUCUUCCUCUAAAUCGUCACUGA